AGAUAUUCCCUUUUCGCUGUAUUCCAUGGCGGCCGAUCUCGUACAUCUGUCGAAGUCGGACAAUGACCUUGAUCCCUUGGAGCUACGUAUUCUUGGACAGCGAGGGGUCUUCGAGUUUCCAUCCAAGGAGAUAUGCGAUGAACUAAUAGAGAUUUUUUACACCUGGAUUGCGCCCAUGGUUCCAGUGGUGAAUAAACAUACAUUCUUGCGCGACUACCAAGAUCCUACCUUGACCCCUUCGGCCUUGUUAUUGAAUGCAAUAUUCACUGUGUCGUCGAGGUUUUAUCCCACAGAGAGAGAGAAACCACAUACCAAAUUAUCACCUCGAACAUUUUACACGAAAGCGAAGGCGCUUUAUGAUGCAGGAUACGAAAAAGAUCACAUCAUAUUAAUUCAAUCGACUACUCUUCUGGGAUUGUAUUGGGAUGGACCUGAAGAUUUAACGGAAAAUGGAAUGUUUUACUGGAGCCGCAUAGGUACCGCAUUAGCGCAAGCGCAUGAUAUGCAUCUGAGCGAAAAAGCUGUUCUUCAGAAUGCGCCGGGGAAAGGUCUAAUGAAGCGGAUAUGGUGGACCCUAUACACACGCGACCGGGCCGUGGCAACAGCAUUUGGGCGGCCAACGCAUAUUGAUCUGGAUGAUUGCACUAUUGGACCACUCACGCUGCGCGAUUUCAUUGAGGACGACAUGGCUGAACCUUUUCCGGAUGCCAACGAGCACGGUGUGUUCUUUAUGCAAUAUGUGAAACUUCAUCACAUUCUGGUCCAAAGCUUCUGGCCGAAUACUGUGUCAAAAGCAAGUUUGGACGAUCGAAUUAGUCAAGCAAGGCAACGCGAACUAGCCCUGCAUGACUGGUAUAUAUCGAGGCCGUCAGAAAUGCAGUGGAGGCCCUCCAAUCACAGAUUUUGGCCCGCUUUGUUGUAUUCGAGCUAUAAUGCAGUUAUAUGCAGUUUUUACCUUUCUCAGGUCCCGCGCUCAUCGGAGGAAUCUCGGAGUUCUGCUUUCCAUGCCGCAUCGAUGAUAAUCUCGGUCUUAGAAACUCUCAAUCUCCAUGGGCAGUUGCGAUACGCACCAGCGUUCAUAAUCUGGCAUGCGCUUAUGUCGUUUGCCACCCUGAAGACCCAGAUGACUGUAUCGGCCCCUUCGUUGCUGCACGCUAUCGAGCAGAAGAUGGGGGAAAAUAUCGACCUUCUCUGUAUGCUUUCCAAUGUUUGGCCAAUCGCGUCAGCUGUUGUUGAGCUUCUCGAGUCGGCCGUCCCGCAGGAUCAAUUCCAGGUUUACAUGGCUGUAGCUGUCAACAAGUAUCGACAGCAAGCGACUGGUAACAAAUAUCCCGCAAAACAAGCAUCUUCGCCAUCAACCUCAUUUAGAAAGCCCAAGCCGAAACAUUUACUCCUCCCGCGAAGUCGCGUAAUCGUUCGAUUAAUGGGUACUGGGGUACAAGCUCACCUGGCUCCUGCCGUGGAUGAGGCCACGCCCGCAAUUGAUUUGACUGCAACACAAGAAGUGUCACUAGAAAUCCCUCCAAACUCCGAGGAGCCACCUCUUCCUGAAAUUAUCGAUCCUUCGUUACUUGAGUGCAAUCCAGAAGUUAUAUUGCAAAGCCUGCGGGAGAGCAUCAGGGCUCGCCAAUGUUAUAUUAGGGAAGAACACACGUAGCUCUGCAAUAGAGCAAGGUGUCGUAGGGAUCUACAAAAUGAUCCAGAAUUUGCAGUCUAGCAGCUGCAGUAUUAUAAGUAUUAGACCAAUCUGCACUUGAGAAUGGAAGUACUCGACGUUGUCCUAGGGAAAACUAGCCAGGGUCCUUUUAUUUAAUUUUCUAUCUAAGUGUUCAAGAAAGUCGCGUAACAACG